AUGGCCAAAACUGCGCCCUUAAAGAAGAAAGGUGCCGCCUCAAUACAUUCGCGGGCGGCAAAACGUGCAUCGUCGCCCAGUAUCGACACCGACAAGUCUCUGAAAAAUGUCAAACCGCCUACCGAGUCCAAACCCCACCGACCAUCUAUCCUAGCCGUCCACCAGGGCGCAGGGGUUGCGAAGAAAUCCAAAAAUGGCAGAAAGGCAGUCUUGAGUGCAAAGGCCAGGAGGCGACAGGAGAAGGGCCUUGAUCGCGCAGAAGCUGUGAUGGACAGGACGGAGAAGAAAGUGGAGAAGAGCAAAGGAAAGGCCAGGACGGUCCAAGAGAGGGCUAAGGCUUGGGAGGAGCUGAAUAAAAAUAUACUUGCCAAGAAGGAAAGAGCAGCACAGUUGGCGAAGGAGGACUUGAUUGAUGAAGAGGACGGUAUGGACGGUAUGGAAGAGGAUGUUGACGUUGGCGAUGCUCCAUCUAUCAAACCGGCUGCUGAAGCUGCUGCUCAGUCGACACCAUUGACGGGACCCGCAGAGGACGAUGAUGAAAUCCUAUGA